CAUGGGUAUGCUAUUAGAAGAGGAAUUGGUUGUUCAGAUGAAGUAUUUGAAACAAGUCUGAUGGACAUGUAUAACAAGUGUGGGCCACCAAAUAUGGCGGCCACAUUUUUUGGCAGAAUGGGCUCGAGGACGGUGGGUUGCUGGAAUGCUUUGAUUUCUCGUCAUCUUUAGUUGGGGCAGCCACUAGAGGCAUUGCAUCUUUUCUUUCAAAUGGUCCAAGGAAAGUAUGAGCUUGAUUUGAUUUCUUUAGCAAAUGGGCUUUUGAGUUGUGCUGACUUGGAGAAUUUGCUCGUAGGUAUUAGACUGAACGCAGUCACCAUUAUGAGUAUACAUUCUACAUUAUCUGAUCUAAAAGACAUAAGACAAGGCAAGUGCAUCCAUGGAUAUGUGUUUAGACGUGGGUUUGGAUCAAACACGGAAAUUGCUAAUCAGAUCAUUUACAUGUACGCAAAAUGUGGUUUUGUACACUGUGCGAGCCGAAUCUUCAAAAACAUAAAACUUAAGGAUUUGGUGUCAUGGACAUCAAUGAUGAUGGGUUAUUUGCAUCAAGGUCAUGCCGAUGAAGCUAUAACCUUGUUCCGGCUAAUGCAAAGAGAAAAUCUGAGUCCCGACUCUGUCACAUUAAUAUGUCUGCUUCAAGCAUUUGCUCAGCUUGGAUGUCUAAAUCUAGCGAAGGAAGUUCAUUGUCAUGUACAGCGCGUAUCCUUGGACAUAGGGAUACCUGUCAUUAAUUUUCUGAUUACUGCUUAAAGCAAAUGCGUAAAAUUAGACAUGUCCAGAGUUU